AUGGCUUCCUUAUCAGUUGGUCUAAAUCUCUCUCUUCUACAAUCACCAUCACUACCCUCUUUGAAAUUAUCUUUCAACUCAGCAUUGGUAAGCAAUCCUGAGAUAUCCUUUUUGCCCAAGUUGGAGUUUUUAUACUCUGAAGGCGUUACAAGACCUGACAUUGCUGGAGUAUUAUCCGGAAAUCCAUGCAUAUUGAAGCAAAGCUUAAAAAACCAUGUACUCCCUUCAUUUGAAAAGCUUAAAAAUUUGGUUGAUAGUGACGUCAAUAUUAUUAGAGCUAUUAUUGUUGAACGGUUUUGGCCAAUUCUCAAUUGUGAUGUUGACAGUUAUAUGGCACCAAAUGUCAAUCUUUUGCAAGAAAGCGGAGUGUCUGAAUUACAUAUAGUUAUGUUAUUUAAAGCUCAGCCUAGAGCUAUAGCAAGAAAUCUGGUUAAAUUUAAAGAGAUGGUGGAAGAAGUAAAGGACAUGGGCAAUGAGCAAAUCCACAUGGGAGAGGAAGUCAAUGCUUAUAAGAGGUGGGGUUUGUUUGAGGAAGAGAUUCUUGUUGCUUUCGGGAAGAACCCCUAUUGUAUUGUUGCAUCUGAGGAUGAGAUUAUGCGGGUGAUGAAUUUUCUUGUCAACAAGUUGGAUUUGAAGUCUUUGCUUAUUGUGAAACGCCCUUCACUUAUUAAUAUGAGCUUGGAGAAGUGA